ACUGCAGGAAGAUGAAAUUACUUUAAACAAUUAUGUAUCAUCUCUUCGUUUUCAUAGCUUGGUCUCUCGUGAAGUUGAAGAGCGCUCCGCCGUCUAUCUACAAGCUGAAGCCCCAAUCUGAAGGGUUGCUGCAAGGGCAAACCCCUCCCAACGUACAUAAUUCAAUUGAGCACUGCUCACUGACCAAGGCGUCACACGCUCAGCCGUUCUCUUACUCCAGCGCUAUUACACAGGUCGUUGUUCAUUCUCGCCAUCCUGUUCGUACAGUGGGAUGCCCUUGGGCAUUCCACCUUCGCCUCGAGACGCGGUAGUCUCCCUGAUGCGAACUGGGUACAGCCGUCUAAGCCACUCAGUGAUUCUCCUCACGGAUGAGGGCAACAAUCAUGCUGUAGAGAUAGAAAAAGAACAUGAUGAGGUGGAAGCCGAGUUUUAUGAAUGAUUCCUGCGACGAGUUAGACGGUGGACUGAUAUGAAGCUUUCA